AUGUGGGCAUGUAACUGCCAGGGAGAUCUAGGAACGCACAGGAGUUUGGUUUCUUUAGGAUUUUUCCAGCUGGUCGGAGGGGAUAGUCCCUGCUCAGGACGUGUGGAGAUCCGUGAUGGGAACCAGUGGAAAACUGUCUGUGACUCAGACUUUGGUCCCAAAGCCGCCAACGUGGUCUGCAGGGAGCUGAAGUGCGGCGCAGCCCUGUCCGUGCCCGGGUCAGCUCACUUUGGAGAAGGUGUGGGUCCCAUCUGGGACAGAGAGCUGCAGUGUGCGGGGCAUGAACCCCUUCUCGCCUCCUGCCCCAGGGGGUCCCCCAGGGACCAGCCCUGCACCCACGCAAACGAUGCCGGUGUCACCUGCACACGGUUCAGGCUGGUGAACGGCAGCACGGUGUGUGAGGGGAGGGUGGAGGUUCAGGUGCUGGGGACCUGGGGCACCCUCUGUGCCUCCCGCUGGGAUCUCUUGGACGCCCACGUUCUCUGUCGUCACCUCGACUGUGGAUUUGCUGAGUCUCUUCCUGGAGGAGGGCAUUUUGGGAGAGGCACCGGCCCUGUCUGGACAGACUCAUUCCACUGUGAUGGGAGUGAAGCCCACCUGGGACAGUGCCCAGUAACUGCCCUGGGGGCCUCGCGAUGCUCCCACGAGAACGAUGCUGCUGUCAUUUGCUCAGGCUCAGCCGGCUCCAUGUCCCUGCGGCUGGUGGGUGGAGGGAGCCGGUGCGACGGACGAGUGGAGAUCUUCCAGCACGGGACGUGGGCCAGAGUCCUGGAUGACCAGUGGGACGUGCAGGAGGCCAGCGUGGUGUGCCGGCAACUGCAGUGCGGAGAGGCAGAGACAGCCUACAAUCCCCCGAAGGCUGAGAGAGGGACGGGUCCCGUGGGGCUGCGAGGGGUCCGGCUCUGA